CUGAAGCUGGGACGCGGGUCCGGUGUGACCGGCGGAAGGAGAGCGGCGGCGGCUCUAAACAUGCAUAGCCUGGCAACGGCAGCGCCUGUGCCUACUGCACUGGCCCAAGUGGACAGAGAGAAGAUCUAUCAGUGGAUCAAUGAACUGUCCAGUCCUGAGACAAGAGAAAAUGCUUUGCUGGAGCUGAGCAAGAAGCGAGAGUCUGUCCCUGACCUUGCACCCAUGCUAUGGCAUUCAUUUGGUACUAUUGCAGCACUUUUGCAGGAAAUUGUAAAUAUUUAUCCAUCUAUCAACCCUCCAACCUUGACGGCACACCAGUCUAACAGAGUUUGCAACGCUCUAGCAUUGCUGCAGUGUGUGGCCUCACACCCAGAGACCAGGUCAGCCUUUCUGGCAGCACACAUCCCGCUCUUUUUGUACCCCUUUUUGCACACAGUCAGCAAAACUCGUCCCUUUGAAUAUCUUCGGCUCACCAGCCUUGGAGUUAUUGGGGCCUUGGUUAAAACAGAUGAGCAAGAAGUAAUCAACUUUUUAUUGACAACAGAAAUCAUCCCUUUGUGUUUGCGCAUCAUGGAAUCUGGAAGUGAACUUUCUAAAACGGUUGCCACGUUCAUCCUCCAGAAGAUCCUCUUAGAUGACACUGGUUUGGCUUAUAUAUGUCAGACAUAUGAGCGCUUUUCCCAUGUUGCCAUGAUCUUGGGUAAAAUGGUCCUGCAGCUAUCCAAAGAACCAUCUGCCCGUCUGCUGAAGCAUGUAGUAAGAUGUUACCUUCGACUCUCAGAUAAUCCCAGGGCACGUGAAGCACUCAGACAGUGCCUCCCUGACCAGCUGAAGGACACAACCUUUGCCCAGGUGCUAAAAGACGACACCACCACGAAACGCUGGCUUGCACAGCUGGUGAAGAACCUGCAAGAGGGUCAGGUCACCGACCCCCGGGGGAUUCCCCUGCCCCCGCAGUGACCCUGGAUGUUCCCUCUCACUGCUACCCUACAUUGGUAGUGAGGGUAGCACCUAGGAAGAAAACAGCUCAGGUUUUAUUGCCGACUGGGAAUAGACAACCUCACUGCUGAACUGUACUGGAGAAAAGGGGCAAGGUACCCCACUGAGGUGUGGGGGUUGACUGGAGGUCCUGGAUCCCCCUGCUGCUCCCAGGAAUUGGGCUCCUGACAGCAGUCUGCUACCACAGCCCCAGGAGAGUGUCAACACCAGCAAAUGCUAUAUAUCAGCAUGCCCAAGAUGACCCUGCUCCUCGACCUCUACCUAGCCACUGGUAGAGAGAGGAGAUGUGGUAAUAGCAGCAACACUCUAGGCAUGGAGAGCACCUGGGACCAAGCCAUGUGGCUUUUUUUUUUUAAAAAAACAAACAAACAAAC